UGCUGACCAGCGGAUGUCGCUGCGCACGCGGCAGCGGAAGUGACCUCACCUGCAGUGUUUACACACUGAAACACGCUCUUUCUCAGCUGUGCUCGUCUAGCCGGGUCAGGGCGCGAUGAGUUACCACAGAUGCCGCGACAGAGUGACUUUCAGGAGAUGCAUCGCGAUUCGGAGCGAUUAACUUCCUGUGAGAGGAUGCGCGAGCAAGAGAUGGCCGGUAGCGUCCGGCACUGGACCCCGAAGCACGUGGGCUGCUGGCUGCGUGAAGAGGGCUUCUGCGAUUACGUGGACCUGCUGUGUAACAAACACCGUCUGGACGGAACCAGCCUGCUGACGCUGAGCGAGUACGACCUGCGCUCUCCUCCGCUGGAGCUCAAGGUCCUGGGAGACAUUAAACGGCUGAUGGUUUCUCUCAGGAAGCUGCAGAAGCAGAACGCCGACGUGUUAGAGGAGCUCGGUCUGUCCUACGACGGACACUCGCCUCAGAGCAGCACAGACCGUCCCAUCAUCAGCUCUGUCUACGUGGUCUUCGUCUUCGGCUUCAUGUCCUUCGUCAUGGUGAUCGUCCACGAGCGAGUGCCAGACAUGAGGAUGUACCCGCCGCUGCCUGACAUCUUCCUGGACAGUGUACCCAGAAUCCCCUGGGCUUUUGCGAUGGCUGAGGCCUGUGGCGUGAUCCUCUGUUCUGUUUGGCUGCUAGUUCUGCUGCUUCACAAACACAGGUCGAUCCUGUUGAGGCGGUUGUGUAAUCUCAUGGGGACGGUCUUUAUGCUGCGCUGCAUCACUAUGUUUGUGACGUCUCUCUCUGUCCCGGGGCAACACCUGCAGUGCACUGGGAAGAUAUACGGUGGCAUGUGGGCGAAGCUGCAGCGCGCUGUGGCCAUAUGGAGCGGCUUUGGCAUGACGCUCACCGGAGUGCAGACGUGUGGAGAUUACAUGUUCAGCGGACACACUGUCGUUCUCACCAUGCUCAACUUCUUCGUCACUGAAUACACGCCGCGCAGCUGGAACUUCAUCCACACGCUCUCCUGGGUCCUCAACCUGUUCGGCAUCUUCUUCAUCCUGGCAGCACACGAGCACUACUCCAUCGACGUCUUCAUCGCCUUCUACAUCACCACCAGACUCUUCCUGUACUACCACACGCUGGCUAACACUCGCGCCUACCAGCAGAGCCGCCGCGCACGCAUCUGGUUCCCCAUGUUCUCCUUCUUCGAGUGCAAUGUUAACGGACCUGUUCCAAACGAGUACUGCUGGCCAUUCGCUCGCCCCGGCUUCCUCAGACGCCUCAUCGGCUGAUUCUCCACAGACGCUGCUGAUUCUUGUGUUGCCAUGAUGAAGAGGAGGCCAAAACCUCUCGAUCAACACACUCUCUCACUCUCUCUCACACUCACUUGCGCACACACACACACUCUUGCACACACACACAC